AUGUCUUCAACGCACACUCAUAGAAAUGUGGAUGUUACAGAGAGUAGUCCACUUAUACAUGAACCCACAACACGACAAUCUUUGCAGAGAAUAGUAAAAGCGUCGUGGGUAAACGUGUUAUUGGUAUUUAUACCAUUAGGUUUUAUAGCCCAUUUCUUGAAGUGGGGUGACACCGCGGUCUUCCUUCUGAACUUCUUUGCCAUAAUACCACUUGCAAAAUUACUUGGAUUUGCCACAGAAGAUAUCGCGCUUCGUACUGGACAGACAAUAGGUGCCCUCUUGAAUGCAACAUUUGGCAAUGCUGUUGAACUUAUUAUUGCGAUUAUUGCUCUUAAAGAAGGUCAAAUUCGAGUCGUUCAAGCAUCAGUGAUGGGCUCUAUUAUAUCGAAUCUGCUUCUUGUAUUGGGAUGUUGUUUUCUUGCUGGUGGUCUAAAGUAUCAGGUACAGGAAUUCAACGAAACAGCAGCACAGACAAGUGCUAGCUUGAUGGCAUUAGCGUGUAUCGCAUUGAUUAUUCCUGCGGCGUUCAGUGUCUCUAUUCCAGCGACACAAGAUUAUGAAAUAAUAAAUCUGAGUCACUAUACGGCAAUAGUUUUAUUGGUAGUCUAUGGGUUGUAUUUGUUAUUCCAGCUUAAAACUCAUACUGAAUUGUAUCUCACCGAGGAUGAAGACGAGCAAGAACCUGAACUCACCCUUCCUGUUGCAAUGCUUCUUUUGGCUGGGGUUACCGUCAUAGUCGCUGUGUGUGGUGACUUUCUUGUAUCUUCGAUAGAGGGCAUUACCGAAUCUUUAGGGCUUACUAAGACAUUUGUUGGUCUGAUUCUGCUUCCCAUCGUUGGUAAUGCUGCUGAACAUGUGACGGCCAUUACCGUUGCUAUGAAGAAUAAGAUGCAGUUGGCUAUUGGUGUUGCAGCAGGGAGCUCACUACAGAUUGCUUUGUUUGUUACUCCAUUCUUGGUUGUGCUUGGUUGGAUUAUCGAUCAGCCAAUGACUCUAUUCUUUGAAGUAUUUGAAACGGUGCUGUUAUUUGUUUCGGUAUUGAUAAUGAAUUAUUUGAUUCAGGAUGGCAAAUCUAAUUGGUUGGAAGGUGCAUUACUUCUUGCGACUUACAUUAUCAUCGCUAUAGCAUUUUACUUCUAUCCGGACCCUGUAUCUGAGGCACCGGCAUAA